GAAAAAUUGAAAUUUUCUUUUAUCUGGGAAAUUCCCAGGCUUUCUUGGCUUUAUCGUAUCAUCCACAAAAGGCGGAUAUUUAUUUACUUAAUACAGCAAUUACAGUUCAAACAUGGCUGAAAAAGACGUACAACUGUCUAUAGUUGGAGGUUCGAAUAAAUGCCCAAUUUGCCUAGAAACGUGUCAAGAACUAAAGACAUUAUAUUGCCAACAUAGCUUCUGUCUACCUUGUCUUCAGGACUGGUUGAAGAAAAAAGAAAAACUAGAAUGUCCCAAUUGCCACCAAAUUCAUCCUAUAUCUGAUGGCGGGCUUCAAGAAUUACCAUCAAAUAUCAUUAAAGUGGAAACUGCAGAACACCUCAAUAAAGAUGGUGAUAUCAAGUGCUGUUGUGGUAAAUUCAAUGCAGGUGUCUAUUGUCAGGAUUGCUGUCAGUAUUUGUGUACUUCUUGUAAAAAUUGUCAUGAAAUAUUUCCACUACUCAAAAACCAUACACUGCAACCAAUCAAUGCUAAUUGGCUAAAAGAUGCCAAUGUGCCAGAACAUCAACCAUUAUGUCCACUGCACGAGCAAAAGCUGGAACUGUAUUGCAACAUUUGUAAAGCUCCAAUCUGUCAAAAAUGUGCUGUUGAGCACAGUGAAGAUGAAGGACAGCAUGAGGUAACCACAGCUUCUGAUGCAUUUAAUGACUUUAAAGUAACAGGAAAUAUGUUGAUGGCUCAGGCUGAUAUCUACAAACAACAGGCACAAGUAGGAAUAAACAAAUGUAUUACAAAUGCUUCAAAGCUUAGUAAGAGUAGAAUUUGUCUUAAAAAAGACAUCAACAACACUGUGGAAGAAAUUGUUGAAUCAGUAAGAGAAACUGGAAAAGAACUGGAAGCAAAGUUGGAUGAUGUAUGCGAGGCAAAGAAAGAAAAAAGCAACUCACAAAUUGAUGAACUCAAAUCAGUUAUAUCAGAUAUUGAAAAAAAACAAGAGUACAUAACAAAAUUAUUGAAAAGUGAUCAAGCAACCGCUCUCCAAUCAUGUCAACAAGCAACUAAAGAACUGCAGCAAAUGAUUGCCGAAGUUUUACUAGAGACGGAACCUAGGGAUGAUGGGAAGGUUUUCUUCACAUCAAGCAAGGAUCAGAUUUUGAGUGCAUUAAAGCAACAUAGAGUAGGUGUUGUUAGCGAAAAGCCAAAUGAACAUAUCUUUGCCGUAUCUGAAUAUCCUAAGAGAGUGACACAAUACCAAUCCUUUUAUGUUAAAGUUGCUCAAAGUUUUAAAUGUGAAAUAGAUAAGAACAACUUGAAUGCAAAUUGGACUUCGUCAUGUUUGCAUACUGAUUUAACUGCCAAGUUUGAACAGCCGGUUGCUGAGGGAGAAUAUCUUGUAGCAGGACCCACUCGCCUUCCCAUUGUUUCUGGUUCUGGUGCUAGUCUUACCUUAAACAUACAAUUUUGUAAUGCUCCAAUAAAAGGAUCACCAAUCACUAUCCAAGUUGAACCUCGUCGAAGAACCAUUCGUAACUUGUUCAAUGUUAUUGGUGUUCAGAGUGAAGGCAUCACAUACAUAUUCAUGUCUCAAAAUGGAUAUUUUUUAGUUGUUGGUGAAACAAACAUAAUCUAUAAAUUAAAAAAUACAGGAGAGUAUAUGUCAAUAAUAACAUUAUUACCAAACGCGCGUGUUAGUGGAAUAUGCCAACUGAAAAACAACCAUUUGAUAGUUUGUGAUCGGAUUAAUAAAAACAUAACGUUCUUCAGACAAGAUGGUCAGGUGGUCAAAUCAAUAUCAACUGGUCAAUCAAGUUGUCCAUCCGGUAUUGAUGUGAAUGAAGAGUUAAAUUUAGUGUAUGUUGCUGAUACUAAUAAUUGUGUGGAGGUAUUCAACAUGGAGAGCUAUAGUAAGGUGAAGACCAUUGGAUGCAAGGGUGCUCUUGAAGGUCAGAUGAAUGGGCCUUCAAGUGUUGCUGUCACAAAAGAUGGAAAUAUCAUUGUGGCUGAUGCACACAAUCCCAGAAUUCAAUUGUUUGAUCAUGAAGGUCAAUUUAUAAACCUUCUUGUUGGUAUAGGGCCUAAUGAUAAUUGUAUUGGGAAAAAUCCUUCCAGAGUAAUUGUCGAUUGUGAUGAAAACAUUAUUGUAGCAAGUGAAUGCAAAGUACAGUUAUUUGACAAACUUGGAAGGUUCAUUAAAGUGAUUUAUGAAACAUGUCGUGAUAAUUGGUCGCCUAUCAGAAAGAAAGUGUGUGUAUCCAUUGCCUCACAUUACCCUCGAAGGUUAUCAGUAGCAGAACUAACCUCAUCUGAAGUCCAUGUAAUUAGUUAUUAGAAAAACCAUUGGUGAUUAGAUCACAGAAAAAUAUAAAUUUCUUAAUGAGUUAUAUAGUCAAUUAUUUGCUGUGAAUUCAUUUUUUUGCUUGCAUUAGUCAUUAAAGGAUACAUGCCACAGUAUAAGAAGUCGAUUAGAGAAAUUUUUAGCAACAUACUGUAUUAAACCCAUGCUCGCUGAUUGUCAGUACAGAAUAUAAUUAUAAACAUCCAACUGGUCAUGUAUUUAGCAUUACAGGUAACUAUUCUUAGUCAAAAGUUGAUGAAAUAAAUAAUAUAUUAGUUAUUUAAUGGUGGAAACCAAAUGUUUGUGAUAUAAAGUUACAGUAUUAUAUAUUGAUUAGAUACAAAAUGUCAAAAAUUGCACAGUUAAUAUUAUUAAUCUGUUUCAUUAAAGAUGCACUGUCUGUCGCGAGACAAAACCACAAAUUCCAUUGAAUUGCCAAAUCUUAACUUAAAAAUGAUUGACAAAAAUGUUCUCUGUUAAGUAGGCUUAAUGGUUAAGUAGGCCUAAUUAGGAAAUACAUUUCCUAAUUUAAUUAUUUUUGUAGUAAAUUGUUUGAAAACGAUUUUUAUUUUUGAUUUGUUUCUGAUUGGUAGUUAUUUUGAAUAUGCUCUUAUAUCAAUCAACAGCAGCACAGCACAUCCAGGGUUGGUUUACAUGGUAUUGUCUUCAUUCGUUUAGUUUUUAGCCUUCAACAUUGUAUUAAUUGUGUAUUCAAGAAACCAUUCAAAUUCCUAUAUAUUAGUGGUUGAACCUGACAAAUAGCGUCAGGGAUUUCUUAGUAUAAUAAAAUGCAUUAUUGUGUGUUAUGUACUACUAGAGUGUAUUAAUAAAAGGUUGUUUUUUAGAAGUGA